UAUAGGAGUUGAUUGACAAGAAACCCCAAAGUUGGCCUAGCAUUAAAACAAAAGGUGUAGAAGAGAACGGUUUUCCUUGUGUUGUUGUAAUAAUGACUUUCCAGUAACAGUAUGCGAGUAGGCAUAACAUCUACGAAAAUAUCUGAAAGUGUGAGAUCCUGACGGAGGGAAUACCCGAUACAGUGUUUGUGAAGGUACACUAUUCUGCUGAAAUACCUAAACUGUCAGUGCUUGUGAGUAGGUGUAAUAUUCUACGAAAUAUCUGAAACACUUUUUGUGAGUUGCAGUACUAUUGUACGGGAAUAUCUGAAACGGUAUUUGUGAAUAUUAUAGCCAACGUGAAUAUCAGAAACUGUGUUUGUGAGUAUAGGUACAAUAUCCUACGAAAAAAUCAGAAACAUUGUUUGUGGGUAUUAUCCUGUCUAAGGAGAUGUCUACAAAAAUCGGUGUUUAUAAGUAGCCUGUAUAUUUUUAAAAGGAAAAUAUAUCUGAAACAGCAGAACUUUACCCACAGCGACAUUACAUAAAAGAAAAUCGCGUAACAUUUACGACAUAUUAAGCCUUAAUAUAAAACGCCUGAGAAGGUAAAUGAAUUAACUUUGUGUGAACUAUUACUGCAUGGGUUGUUUUUUUUCCGCUGGAAGUCACUAACUUCAGUGACAAGAACACGUUAAGCCGAAGUCAAUAGAGAUCGCAGUCUGAUAAAGAGUUUCUGCCCGACAAAUUCGCAGUGACUGUACACCGGAGCAUGGUGCGAGUACACCAUUACAAGGUGUGAUACACGUCUCCCCUGGCUAUCUCGACGACUAGGAUUACGAACAAUCAGCGAUAAUUACUUAACUUUUCAUAAGCUGUUGUGAAAACAGGUUUAACUUUCGGUAAUUUCAGAAAGGCUUUUGCUGGACUUUCAUGAGCUGUGGGCUGUUGUUAUUCGAACAGCACUCUCAGAUUGUUCUGGUAAAAACCAGCAGACAACGUGGGAGUAGUGUUCGUUGCACUUGGCGAACAGAAAACUUUAUAGGCGGAGAAGACAUUGCAGUUAAAAUGUCAUGACGUUGGCGUGUUGUUCUAUUUUCGUUUCGACCAGCUAAUAACCAAGACGUCUAGCUAAGGUAAUACUGAUGCGGAUUCCACGUGAGUUAUUGUAAAUCACGGACACAACAAUUAACUUCAAUUUUACUGAUUCAGUUUUUUGGAAGGAUAUUAAAAGUGGAUUCUUAUAUAUACAGACAGCUUCAAGACUAGUGAGUAUUGUGUGCUAGAAACAAAUAUGCCAAAGAUGAAUAUAAUCAAUCAAAUCGAUAAUGGUGAAAGUAUGACAUAACUCGUUAGUUAUAGACAAAAUACAGUAUAAGGAUAUUGUUUUGUGUCAUAUUUCACAUAGCUGGUAUACUAUAUGUAUAAUACUUUGCUUACACGAAUAAUUUACCAGAUGGUGAUUGGAUACCGAAUACAAUUCUGAGGAAAGUGAUUUUUCUAAUAUAAAUAACUGACAACUGACUUUUCAGUUGUUUAAAGUAAUGGGAAGUGAAUGUUUGGACAUGUUAUUCUGAACUGAAACAAAUACCCUGAGUUUGAUUGGAAGUAUUGCUGUAUUUGCACCAGAACAAACGGCAAGCACCAUGUUUCAGUGUCAGCUACAUUUCAACGAAACCUCGCCUCGUUUCCUGCGCGAGAAAAACCUGUCACGAGGGUUGACACUCUUGCAGACGACACAGCAGUACAGAGACCGGAAACAGAGGCUGUCCACCCCGGACAAGAUGGCGAUCCUGGACAUGUCCCUGGGCUUCAACAAAAGACGUCUGGGUAAGCAGCAGCAGCUGCUGGCAGAUAUCGCCCUGAGGUGCAGAGAACAGGAGGUCUUUGACAUGUCCAGCGGGAUAUCCGCCAAGGUGAACCUGCACAAAAACAGGAAUCCCCAGUUGCUAGCAGGCUAUAACAGAAAUACCAAAGGCAGUCUGAGCCAGCGCGACCCAAUAUCAGUUAUCCGGGAGUAUAUGACUGUUGGGCAGAACUUUCGAGUGAAGAAUCAAAGAGGAUACCAGUUUUUUCCUGCUAGAAAAAUCAUCAAGAAAGCAUCGAAGUACGACUUCUCGAAGACCAAUCUCCCACACCUUGACAGCCUGUCGAUGAGAAACCCGUCGAUGUCUGAUUUUGUGAACAAACAUACGUACACGAACACCCAGACCAUCAAUGGAAUAAUUCAGAUGGAGCACUGCAGUCGUCCGAAGUGCGAUCUGGCGCCAUUGUUGUACGACCAGGGCGAACUGGACAGCGAGUACCAGGAAAGGAUAAAUAACUAUUUCUCAGCUGCAAAGCUGAACCUAGGUCCCAGGUCUAGGACAGUGUGGGACAGUGUGUCUGGUACCAGUGGGAGGACGUUCCAGAGUCAAAACAAGAAGCCCAGCAGACUAGAAAUGUAUGGAGCGGGUCAGCUGGACGAAAGCAGCCUUCAAGACUCCACUAUAUGGUCUAACAGUCAGAUUAGCCGCAUCAAAUAAUAGAAGAUAAUUAGAAAUAGUUUCACCGAUGAACUGUGGAGCCGGUGUAUUGACCAAGUUCAGAACUUAAAAAAACACAAUCCUCGACAACAAACAAGGUCCAUAAAGUCGACAAUAAACAAGGUCUAUAAAGUCGUCGACAACAAACAAAGACCAAAUGGCACAAGAUACCCAGUGUUUAAAGGUGAACAAGCAGUUUACUAUUAGAUAGUUGUAGUUUGUUCUGCAUGGGAUUUUCUUGGUGUGGAUAAUUCAACCAUUCAGGUUUCUGGUAGUUUCAUCGUAACCUAACUGCUAUAGAAAAUCAAACAAAAACUGUGAAAACUACAAUGCGGUUAAAAAAAACUAAAAAAACAAACAACCUUUAGUCUAACAGUCAGGUUAGCCGCAUCAAAUACUAGAAAUAGUUACACUGAUGUUCUGUGGAACCAGUGUACUGAUCAAGGUCAAAACUUAAAAAGAAAUCCUCAACAACAAAACGUCUAAAAAGUCAACGACAACCACAAGGUCUGAAAAGCACAGGACAGCCAGUGUUUAAAAGUGGAAAUAAGGAGUACAAGGGAGUUUACUAUUAGAUACAUUUAGUUGUAAUUUAUUCCGCAUGGGUUUUUCAUCGCGUGUAAAAUUCAACCUUUCAGAUUUCUGGUCGUUUUGACAUAACUAAACUGCACCAGAAAGUCAAACAAAAACUGUGUACACUAAUCUAUAAUGAAUAAAAUUAAUUGUCUCAAACAGACAGUGUCAAAGCCACAAACUAUAAAAAGUUGGCUGAAAACCCAGUACGGUUGAUGCAAUGAAUAACAUUUGCUCUGUCUUUGGUCAAAAUAAAAAAAAGUAAUGUUUACAAAAAGAGAAACCUAUACGGAAUUAAUGUUGGAAUUAGUGCUCAAUUUACUCAGACAUAAACGUUUCUGUGUUAGGCUAUAUAUUUAUUGUUCGUUUACAAUUUUCCGACCAGUACUGGUAUUUUCGUUGACAAAAUAAGACAUGCAUAUUUGAAUAUGUAUAAAAAUGCUCAAUUUGUAGCAAACUGAAAUGAAAAUGU